GGCGGCGUCUAGCGACUUGUUAGAAUAUCGGUGGAAGUCUAAUUUUGUGGUUUUAUGUACAACAAAAAAAUGUCUCUGAAAAAUUCGGUGUAGAAAUUCGUAGUUUCAAAUUUUUCUUCGUCACUCAAGCACACACACACCCCUGGGCAAAGCCGUAGUCGGCAGCAGCAGCAUCCUUGACAUCCUUGGCCUCCAUAGCAUAUAUAGCAUACACGCAGGAAACAUGUCAGAGUCGCAACCGGAUCCGGAAACCCAGCCACAGAACGUCCUCUCGGAAGCCUCGACCAUACGGCUGCUCAGCGAUGUGGCGGCGGUGGCCACCCACAGCUGUUCGCCGGAAAUGGGAGCGGGAUCCACCCAGUCUCCAGCCUUGGACAGGAUGCUGCCACCAAUCACCAGAAACUUGUCACAGGAGGAGAGCAUCCAUUCGGCUAAUGAGAAUGGCCACUCGUGCCGCAUCUGCCGGUGGAAUCGCAGCGACAUGGAGAUCAUCAAGUGUCCCUGCACCUGCAAGGGCAGCGUGGGCUUCAUUCACAUGAAGUGCCUCAAGCGCUGGAUAAUGCACAAGCAGAGUAAUCGCUGUGAGAUCUGUCAUGCGGUCUUCGACAUCUCGGAGGAUCGGGCCAGCCUGAAGCAGAUGGUGAAGACCUUUUGCUGCCACCGGUGCUGUGGCCUGAUCGUGAAGCAUCUGUUGUUCAGUGCGUCCCUAAUGCCGCUGGCCAACAUUAUCCUGCAGCAGGUGCUGCACUGCAUGGAUAAUCUUAACCAGGGCAAUGCCGAGCAGCUCACCGUCAGGGAGGUGAUUGUGGCCUCUGGGACACUGCUUACCUCCAGCGUUCUGUUCUUCAACUUCUUCGAGUUCGUCACCACGCGCGGGCUCCUGAUCCGGAAUAUCCUGCGCCACUGGUGGUUGUUCGGCAGCACCUCCGACUUUGCCCUGGUGGAGCCCGAGGACGAUGCCAUUGAUCUCUUCUAACCCAUAUCCACCAAAAACACGUUGCCUGCCCGAUUUUGAAUCCGCCAAUAUUCAAUAAAGUCAACGAUUUUUCUAACAUCGAA